CUGAUUACAUUCCUGAGCCCACGCUGAGAUAGAGAGUAUUUAACACAGGGGCUUCAGGACUCCAGUUUGUGUGUGGGUGUGUGUGUGUGUUGGUGAGUGUGUGUGUUGGACCCUUCCUAGAGCUCCACGCUGCUGCUGCAGAACACGAUGAGGUGUGUGUGCGUGUGUGUUGUGGUGUUGGUGAUGUUAGUAGCAAAAGGUCACACAUUCAGAUUUAAUGAUUUGAUCGACUACGUGGACAAACACCAGGAGGAGUACGUACAGGCUCUGAGAGAGUGGGUGUCUAUAGAGAGCGACUCCAGUGAUGUCACUAAAAGGGUGGAGCUACAGCGUAUGAUGGGCGUGGUGGAGGAGAAGCUGCGCGGGAUGAAGGGGAGCGUGGCCCUGAUGGAUGUCGGCACUCAGACGCUGGAGGACGGCAGUGUGGUCCCGUUACCCAAAGUGGUGACGGCUGUGUUCGGUGAGGACGAGAACAAACACACGGUGUGUGUAUACGGACACAUGGACGUCCAGCCGGCCCGGAGAGAGGACGGGUGGGCCACAGACCCCUACAACCUCACCGAGAUUAAUGGUAACCUGUACGGAAGAGGAGCGUCGGAUAACAAAGCUCCAGUUCUGGCCUGGAUUCAUGCAGUGGAGGCGUACAAAGCUCUGGACAUGGAGCUGCCAGUGAACGUGAAGUUCCUGAUUGAGGGGAUGGAGGAGACGGGCUCUAACGGGCUGGACGCGCUGGUGGAGGCUCAGAGGGAUGCGUUCUUCUCCGAUGUGGAUUAUAUCAUUAUCUCUGACUGCGGCUGGCAGAGCGCUCGUCCUGCACUCACCUACGGCACGCGGGGCAACUGCUACUUCUACGCUCAGGUGGAGGGGCCGAAGCAGGAUUUACACUCGGGAGUGGACGGAGGAGCCGUGGUUGAACCCAUGACCGACCUGAUCGCAAUUCUAAACACGCUGAUCAGUGCGAGCGGACAGAUCCUGAUCCCCGGGGUCACAGACGCCGUGGCGAACUUCACUGAGGAGGAGAGGAAGAUCUACGAGGAGGUGGACUUUGACUUGGAGACCUACAGGAGCACCAUCGGUGUCGAUCGACUCAUGUAUGACAAUAAGGUCGACCUCCUGGCUCACCUGUGGCGUUUUCCCACCGUGUCCAUCCACGGCAUCGAGGGAGCGUUCGCCGGCUUUGGUACAAAAACCGUCAUCCCUGCUAAAGUCACGGCCAAAUUCUCCAUCCGCCAGGUUCCCAACAUGGACCCUGCAGUCGUGGAGAAACAGGUAACAGAUCACCUGCACACUGUGUUUGCGCAGAGGAAGAGUCCGAAUAAGCUCAAGGUGGAGAUGGUUAUUGGAGCAAAGCCAUGGCUAGCCGAGACCAAACACCCACUGUACGAGGCUGGGAAGAGAGCAGUGAAGAGUGUGUUUAACGUGGAGCCAGAGAUGAUCCGCGAGGGAGGCACAAUUCCUAUCGCUCGCACCUUUCAGGACGUGACAAAGAAAGACAUCAUCAUGCUGCCCAUCGGAGGCUUUGACGACGGCCUGCACUCUCAAAACGAGAAGAUCAGCAGGUAUAACUACAUUGAAGGAACGAAGCUGUUCAUCGCCUACCUGCACGAGGUUUCUGACAUCCAGAAGGACUGAUCGCGUCUCCACGCUGUCCUCUCGUCAUGUCCUUUAUCAGUCACUCGCUUUUACUGAUGUCAUCACUUUCUGUGUGUCAUUAUUAGCUUUCUCUCUCUCUCUCCCUCUUACACACACA